CCGGGCCGGCCCUAAUGGCGUGUUUGGCAGAGUCAGCGAAACGCAACGCCCAGCGGCCCAGCGGCAAGGGAGCGCCCUCUCUCUCCCGCGCCCGCGCCCUCGCCUGUCCCGCGCCCGGCCGCGGCGCGCCCGGGGCCAUUUGCAGCGCAGGCAGCGUCGUGAGAGGCCGCGGCGCGCGGGCCCGGAGGGAGGCGGCGGCAUGGAGCUGAAGAAGGACGACCACGCCGUGGCCAUCGACAUGCUGCUCAUCGUGCAUUCGGAGCAGCGGCGCGCCGCGCAGGGCGCGCACUCCGAGCGCCAGGCGGACCCGGGCGCGCCGCAGCUUCAGCCGCAGCCGCAGCCGCAGCCGCAGCCGCAGCGCAGAGGAGGACUCCAAGGCGUGGGAAACGGAAUCCGGAAAUGGCAGAAAUGCGAAGGAAAGGAGCUGUAUGGCAGCCUGGCAGGGAAGCAGCACCCUCAGCAGCCCCAGGUCAUCACUUCCUAUGACAACCAAGGGACACAGCUAACCGUGGAGGUCCACCCUCGAGACGCCAUGCCCCAGCUGCUCAAGAAGUUCUCCUUGGCUAAACUACGUCUACAAGGCGAUAAAAAUGGAAACACCAGAGCCCGGCAGCCUGGAGGGAAAGAUGCACACGCCUACCCCUGGGAUCGGUCCAGCCUGAAAUCCAUGACUCUGGACCUGCGGCAGUUUGAGAAACUGGACGCCUAUGCCUCACAGGUGACGGUCAAGAGCGGGCUGGACGAGCUGGUGUGUGACCUGCUGCAGGAGGCCCCCAGCGACCUGGAAAGGGUCCGUGCCAUCUGGAUCUGGAUCUGCCACCACAUAGAGUACGACAUGGAGGCCGCCCAGGAGAAGGACCGCCAAGCCUUCAAGCCCACCGACAUCCUGCGGACCCAGAAGACCAACUGCGACGGCUACGCCGGUCUCUUCGAGAGAAUGUGCAGGAUCGCUGGCGUGCAGUGCAUGACCGUGCCCGGCUACUCCAAGGGCUUCGGCUACCAGACCGGGCAGAGCUUCUCCGGGGAGUUUGAUCACGCCUGGAAUGCUGUGUACCUGGAAGGGAGGUGGCACCUGCUGGACAGCACCUGGGGCAGCGGCCUGGUGGACACCACCACCUCCAAGUUUACCUUCCUCUACAACGAGUUCUACUUCCUCACCCAUCCCGCACUGUUCAUUGAGGACCACUUCCCAGACAACAAGAACUGGCAGCUGCUGAAGCCCCCCCAGUCCCUGCGGCAGUUCGAGAACAACAUGUACCACAAGAGCGAGUUCUACAACAAGGGCAUGCUCAGCGCCCACCCGGACACCGCCGUCAUCAGAACAGUGAACGGGAAGGCCACGAUCACCAUCGAGAGCUGCGCCCCGAAGCUGUUCAUGUUCAUGCUCAACGGCAAGCAGGAGCACGGGCUGCUGAGCCUCAGGCAGAGCGGGAUGAAGCUCGAGGUGUUCCCCCCCACCACGGGCUCCCACAAGCUGCAAAUCUUCGCCAAAGGCGACUCGGACAUCUACAGCUCGGUGCUGGAGUACACGCUCCAGUGCAGCCACGUGGACCUGGGCGUCCGGCUGCCGGCCGAGCUGCACCAGCCCGUGGGCCCCAGCUGGUUCUCGGAGCAGAUGGGCAUCGUGAAGCCAUCCCACCCCGACCCCAUCAUCCACACCCGCGACGGGCGCUGCUCCGUCAGCUUCGGCGUGGACGAGGGCAUCAGCGUCCUGGCCUCGCUGCACGGCGACGACGGCCCCAUCACCGAGGAGAUGCAGCGACGCUACAUCUUCCAGCUGCACCGGGAGAAGCGGACGGAGCUGAAGGUCCAGCUACCCCACGCCGGCAAGUUCGCCCUCAAGAUCUUCGUCAAGAAGAGGCAGGAGACGGGCAACUACGUCUUUGUCUUCAAUUACCUCCUGUGCUGCACCAACACCAAGGUGAACUGGCCCGUGUUCCCCGAGAGCUUCGGCAACUGGGGGCAGGACAAUGAGCUGCUGGAGCCCCUGUCGGGCGUGCUGCCUGCCAACCGCAACGUCCCCUUCAAACUGAAGCUGCACGGCGUCGCCAAAGCGCUGGUAAAGGGGCAGGACACGUGGCCGCUGACCCUGAGCCACGAGGGCUACUGGGAGGGCAGCUGCAACACGGCCGGCUGCCAGGAAGUGUACGUCAUGGUGCUGGAGAACGCCAACCACAACUUCUACUCCUACAUCCUCAAGUACCGAGUGAACGCCCAGUGAGGGCCAGGGCUGCACCCCCACCCCACCUCGCCCGCCCUGGGGGCCAAGGCCAGUGCGGGCUGGGGGGAGGCCCCCAGGGACGUGCACAGAGCCCUGGACGCCACCGAGUCUGCAUGAAAUCACUUCCAGGCCUCUGCCUCGGUCUCCCUGCUCCGCCGCGGGCGCUGAGGUGUUUGCCGUGGCUGUGAUGGGACAGAGGCAAAGGCCCUUUAGAGAAAAAGGUGCUAUGUAAAUCCAAGGUGUCGUAAACUGUACCCCAGCGCCAGCUGCGCGCCUUCUCCCAGCCCUUCCUGCUGCCGCUGCCCCAGGGCGGACACGGGAAAGCAGGGGCCAGCUGAACACUGCCCACGGAGGAGGGUGUUCAAGGGCUCCCGGCCAGCCCGCAGAAGGAUGUGUUGGCUGGGCCGCGCCGUCCUUGAAUUGCAGCGCCCCCUUCAGGUAGCCCCGCUGCAUUGCUAGUCCACUGCUCUGCUCUGGGCCAGUGCAGAAUUAGGCGAGUCUCCCAGCCCUGACCGCUGCUUCCGUAGCCGCCUCCUGCUUUCCAAGGGCCCUGGAGGGAAGAAGGCAUGGUUGGGGAGGAAGCCGGCCCGCCCACCGCUGGCUGGAGGCCGAGCUCCUCUGCCGUCGCUAAGCGGAGCCGCAAAUGUGGCAAGCCGAACUUUGCCAAAAGCGCCCGUGCCCGCUCCCGGGUGUAGAGGACGACCUCAGAGUCGGAGACCUUCGCAGGCCGCGGGUUGGUGUUCACCCCAGGCUCUCGGGGCAUCAGAGGCCCUGCCAGGCCUGCCUGCAGGGAGCCUGGCUGCUACCCCUGAUAGAGACCCAGGUGGGGAGCCUAUAUGAGGCGGGGCCACAGCCACACAGGGCCCCCUCGCGUCUGACGGGCUCUGAUGCUCCCUGGAAGCCGGCCGGCAAAGCCAGUCUGGGCCCCACCAUAUGCCCGGUGCCUGAGGAAACGCCUUUCCCCUUCCUCUCCUCUAAGGAGGGAGCCAUCCCUCAGGGACAGCUCAGGGCCCCCUGGCUUGCCUGGCCCUUCGAUGCACUUUACACUGGUGUUGCCAUGGCAACAGUGGCCAGGCUCAGACGGGACAAGGAGGGGAGUGGGCUGGGAGGCUCACCCUGCACACAGAGCUGUCCCCAGUGGCCCCUGCCUGUCCCUGGGAACCAGUACUGCCUCUUGGGCCACCGUGCCUCCUGCCCAAGCCUCAGAUAUAGCCUAUCCACCUCUGGGUCAGAAGCUGCCCUGACCUCUGCCUGGCGCCCUCUGUCCAGCUCGGCCACCCAGUACCGUGGCACUUCACACCUGCAGGCGUGACCACCUCAGGGAAACGAGCAGCUGGGUCUCAUCACACUAGUAAGUGCCUUCCGUGACUCCUGUGCUCCUGGGCCCGGCACUGGCUGCCAUGGCCAGGCCCACCAAAGACAACGUACAUCUUUUAAAGGACAGUCUAAUUCAACAGAAUGUGACAGCGUGCAGAGGAUGCCACCAGGCAAAACAGGAGCUGUGGCCAGCACCAGAGAGGGAGACUCAAUCUCAAAACACCCUCAGGGUGUCCACAGCCCCUCCCACCCCCUUGAACCAGGCACCCCCUUUGUAGGCGAGGUCGGAAAACCACCGGCCUUUCUUCCCACUGGCGCAGAAAUACAUGAAAUGAAGUCCGGUCUUCAUGCAUUUCUUCACGCAGGCUGCUCUGGGUGGAAAUUCGGGAUUGCAUCCUCCAGGUUUGCACGCAAAGCCGCCUCUUUGUUUCCUGGGCCACCGCGUCCCAGGAGCAGGUGGAAUGGCAUGGGCGACCCCUGGUGGCCAAUGUGAGGAGCUGCCGGCGCUGCAAAUCUGAAGGCUGGCGCUUGUCACCCCCGGUGCUUUUUCAUGCAAAACUUGAGAUGUUUAUGUUAAAAAUCACUGGGUGCUUUCUCGUGGCUUUCCAGCACUUCCUCAUGUGUACCCAGAGCACAUCUUCAUCACACACAAGCUGCGAGGAGGCCCUGGGAGCUGCCUGGCGCUUAAGGAGAUGUGAAAUGAGGUGGGGGAGUAGAAGUGUUUUGCCCAGAAAUCCCUUGUUGCAAUGGAACCACCAGACACAGGGCUGCACGGGGCAGCUUUGACCACACUCAUCACCGUGCCAGUGAAGGAUUGGAACCUUGAGCUCAGGGAGCUUGUGCCAAUAGGCCGCAGGAUGGCAGCCCCCGGGGCUGGAGGUAGGGGGUGCCCAGCACAGGGCAGGGGGCUAGGGAGGGAGGCGGCAGAGAGCAACCACAAGUGCAGCACACUCGUUCCCAGCUUGCUGCAGAAGUGCCGCCAGCACCGCUGGACUCUGCUUUCAGCCCGAUUGCCAUCUUCGUGCAUCCCCAUAGGACAAGCUCCGCCCUGCCUACCAAGAGGAAAGAGCAAGUUCAGGUUCACUGAAGCUUGCAGGCUUGAGCAGAGAACUAGUUCCUGUGGUUAAGCAAGAGAGGGACGCAUGGCCAAGAAAGUUUGUGAAAUCCUUGAAGGACUUGAGCAGUGGAAAGGUUUUCCCAGUGGUCUGGCGACUCCAGCACCUCGCUCUGAGGUUGUCUCCCAGUCCGUCCGUUCCUGAGGUGCCAGGUUAGCCCACAGCACACACAGGGCUAGCAGCAUUGCCAUCGGCAAGGUUUUCAAAGGUGGUGUGCGGUGGCCGAUGCUCGCAUUUCCUUUGGAACAAGUAGCUGGGACUGCUGGAGAGCGAUCCCUUCUCGUCGCAUUUGCCUUGAGUCGUGUGCACUGGUGGCUGCGCAGGGUGCCUUCGCCACAUUGUUGCUUGUGUUGCUUCUCAAUAAAAUUUAUAUUCAUUUUUAUCCAACAAUGUAAUUAUCGAUCCGU